GGUGGGGAGGAGGUUGUAUCGUACCUGGGGGCAGCAUCCACCCACCGCUUCCCACGGUCAGUAGCGCACAGACACCUGACCCGGCGGGGACGCGCGUGAGGACGCGGCGCUGUCUGCCCGGGGCGGGGCCAGAUCUCCAGCUGUGGGCGCUGCCGACGCCGAGGGGCUGGGCCGGCAGCGCGGAGCUGGGGUGGCGGCGGAGUUGCUGCCCGACGCGCGGGGAGUCACGCCGCGGGCUUCCUUCCCACGACCGAGCGAGCGCAGCGCGGGACAGGCGCCCGCGCGCGGCAGGGCUUCUUGGUUCGCACGCUCCGGCUGGUUCCUGGCAAAAUGAAGGACCGGCUCUCAGACCUUCUAGAGUUAUCCAAGCAGUAUGACCAGCAGUUCCCAGAAGAGGACAAUGAAUUCAACUCACCCCACGAAGACAUCGUGUUUGAGACAGACCACAUUCUGCAGUCCUUGUACCAAGACAUCCAGGACCUUCAGAAUGAAAACCAGCAUCUGACCGCCGACGUGAAGCGGCUAGGAAAGCAAAACACCCGCUUCCUCACGUCCAUGCGGCGUCUCAGCAGCAUCAAGAGAGACACCAACUCAAUUGCCAAGGACAUCAAGGCCCGCGGGGAGAGCAUCCACCGCAAGCUGUGUGCCAUGAAGGUGCUGAGCGAGGAGGCGGAGGCCCAGCAUGGCCCGCACUCCGCGGUGGCGCGCAUCUUACGCUCACAGUACAGCGCGCUCACCCGCAACUUCCAGCGCGCCAUGCACGAGUACAACCAGGCCGAGAUGAAGCAGCGCGACAACUGCAAGAUCCGCAUCCAGCGCCAGCUGGAAAUCAUGGGCAAGGACGUCUCCGGCGACCAGAUCGAGGACAUGUUCGAGCAGGGCAAGUGGGACGUGUUCUCAGAGAACCUGCUGGCCGACGUGAAGGGCGCGCGGGCAGCACUCAACGAGAUCGAGAGCCGCCACCGCGAGCUGCUGCAGCUGGAGAACCGCAUCCGUGAUAUUCACAAGCUCUUCCUGCAGAUGGCCGUGCUGGUGGAGGAGCAGGAGGAAACCCUGAACAUCAUCGAGCUCAAUGUGGAGAAGACCCUCGACUACACCGGCCAGGCCAAGGCGCAGGUCAUCAAGGCCGUGCAGUACAAGAGGAAAAACCCCUGCCGGACCAUCUGCUGCUUCUGCUGCCCCUGCCUCAACUAGCAGGCUGGCCUGGGCCAUCAUGUGCUUCCCAAAGUGCGCUGGGAAAGAUUUGGGGACCCUCUUCACUAGAGUGAGUUGUCCCAAACCCUGUGGACCUCGAUCUUUAGAGAAAAAAGAAACUUGAGGUCCAAGAAUUCCAACCCAGCCCAUGCUUGGGAAGAUGGUCGAUGCUGUCGGAUAUUUCUUCAGUAAGAACAGACACCCACUGAAGUUGUGUGGGGUCAUUAUAUGGUGCGUUGCACCCUUAUCUUAACAGAAGCCAAGUGAAGAACUGACUGACGACUUAGCGUAUUGUAGGGUAAAUGUCCAAGGCAUGUUUCCUAACGAAACCCUAGGAGGAAGUCAAUUCUGCACUGGCUAAUAGUGAACUCAUUAUUAAAACUUAAAUUCAUUUACACUAUCCUGAAAGUAUCUUGGUUCUGUUCAAUUUCACAUGAAAUUGACCUUGGGAAAAAUUGUACCUCUUUCAUUUCCCAUUCUUCAUCUGGUUUAUGCUAUGUGAUUCUUGUCUAGAUAUGAUCUUCUUUCUCCUCACCUCCCCUACUUAUUAAAAUCACAUUUGACACUCAUUCUUUUUCCUUAUCUCUUCACUUUUAAUAUCUUUCAUCAAAGUGUAUUUGGGAAUUUUUUUUUCCCAAAUAUUUUUAAGCACUGAAUAUUGAAUGAGCACUCAACUUGAAGUAUGUAUUAGUCACAUUUUAUAUAUUUUUCAUAAAUAAAAAUAAUUUAAAAUUUAUCUUUUGUACCUUAUUACAAAUGCACAUAUAUAUGUAAAUGUGAAGUACUAAUAUUUACUAAUAUUAACUAAUGAAUGUACAUAAUGACUAAUUAAUUGGUUUUAACUUUACUUUUGUAAAUACAUAAAUAUCAAGAAAAACACUUUUAUUGGUUAUUGGUGUUAAUUUUCUUGUUUUGAGUUUGUCUCACUCCCAUCUGCGUCUCCAGUCAAGUUAGAGUCAAAACUUUAAUUCUGUGAUAAAGACAGAUGUCAAAGGCUGAAAAUGCAUACAGAACUAGAGAUAAUAAAAUAACAUUCUUUGAAAUAUUACUUUUAUUUUACUGUGUACCAUUCCUUUCAUGCAUUGAAAUGGAGUAAUUUAAAAUAAUCCUGUUUUUAAGUUAGUUUAAUAAACAUUACAUUAUAAAUAUCCCUUUUAUGUA